GGCCAGUCAAUUUGAGUAACGUUAUUGCGUAUUCUACAUAAUGACGCAGUUUUACGUUAUCACGCAAUGACAUCACAACGUCAUUUAGCAACUUUUAGCAACAAAUCAACCUGACUGUAGCAAUUUACGCUGAAAAUUUGUUGGCAACACUGUAACCCAUUGACUUACGUAGCGAGUUGUGAAUGGCGGGGAGUAAACCUGAAUCGUAUAGCAAAGCUGAAAGAGAGAUUAUAACCGGCUACAAAAUGGCAAAUGAUGGCGUGGACUACAACAUUGUGUUUCCAGAUGCAUUGGUCUCGGAUAGACACUGGCAUGGAACAAAAGAACCAGUUGUCAUACUGCUGGGAUGGGCUGGAUGCAGAGACAAACAUCUUGCCAAGUACAGGUCAAUUUAUAACGAACAGGGUUGUGUCACUAUUUGCUACACAGCACCCUUAAAGACAGUAUUCGUCUCUGAAUCUUUUGGCUACAAGGAGCUGAGUAACACUGCCCACAAACUGCUUGAGAUACUCUAUGAUUACGAGGUGGAAAACAGUCCCAUAUUUUUCCAUGUGUUCAGCAACGGGGGAUUCAUGCUUUACCGCUACAUUGUUGAGCUCUUGCACAGUCAUAAACAGUUCAGCACCCUCUGUAUAGUUGGGGCUGUGGUGGACAGUGCCCCAGGCAGUGGAAAUGUGAGAGGGGCAUUACGGGCUCUUACAGCCACUCUGGGACCUGAAAUCAAUGUGAUGUUGAGGUAUGUUCUCUUGGCACUGUUUGCUGUAACAGUUUUCCUGCUUAGGGUGGUUCUAUACCCUGUGACCAAGUAUAUCCACAAGAACCACUACGAUGCCGUCCGGGAGCGCCCUCCUACCUGGCCACAGCUGUACCUGUACUCCAGAGCUGAUCGAGUGAUUCGGUACAGUGAUGUUGAGCUCAUGGUCAAGGCUCUAAAGGAGAAAGGUGUGUCUGUUGAAAGUUUUGACUUCAAAACCCCUGCCCAUGUGAGCCAUUUCCGUGACUUUCCAGAGGAGUACUCCAAGCGAUGCCUUGCUUUCCUGACCAACUGCAUGAAGGAUUCAGAAGGGACCCACACAAAAAAGCGAUACUUGAUCCAGCAUUGAAAGCACACUACCGUAACAUUUCUCAAAAGUCUAUGGCACUUAUGUUUUUGUGAUUAUACUGUGUUGCACAUGUACACUACUGUUCAAAAGUUUGGGGUCACAUAGAAAUGUCCUCGUUUUUGAAAGAAAAGCAAUUUUUUUCAGGCCAUUAAAAUAACAUAAAAUUGA